AUGGCCGCGAGUGUAGUACAAGGCCACCGGGCUGCCAUGCGUCUGGCCCCUAGCCACCGAGCCGCGAGGCUGCUUUUCGCCGCGCCCGCCUCUGUCGCGUCUUGGCUCAGCGCGGGGUUCGAGCGCGCGCGCAGCACCGGACCUUCCCAGCCCGGCGCCUUCCAGCCGCCGCCGAAACCCGUCAUCGAGGACAAGCGCCAAAUCACGGGCACCGAGAGGAGGUUCUUGAGCCCUGAAUUCAUUCCUCCAAGGGGAAGAACUAAUCCUCUGAAGUUUCAAAUAGAAAGGAAUGAUAUGCUAGAAAGGAGAAAGGUGCUCCACAUUCCUGAGUUCUAUGUUGGAAGCAUACUACGUGUUACCACAGCCAACCCCCAUGCCAAUGGAAAAACCAGCCAGUUUCUGGGAAUUUGCAUCAAGAGAUCAGGAAAAGGACUCGGUGCUACUUUUACCCUUAGGAAUACCAUUGAAGGGCAAGGUGUGGAGAUUUGCUUUGAGCUGUAUAAUCCUCGAAUCCAUGAGAUCCAAGUAGUCAAAUUAGAGAAGCGGCUGGAUGACAGCUUGCUGUACUUACGAGAUGCCCUCCCUGAAUACAGCACUUUUGAUAUGAAUAUGAAGCCACUUAUACUAGACUCUAGCCAGGAAGUUCCUGUAAAUAAGCUGAAAGUUAAGAUGAAGCCAAAGCCGUGGUCUAAACGCUGGGAACGUCCAUAUUUUGACAUCAAAGGAAUCAGGUUUGAUCUCGCCUUAACUGCGGAGCAGAUGAAAGAGGCUCAGAAAUGGAGUGAGCCAUGGCUGGAGUUUGAUUUGAUGAGGGAGCACAACACUGCAGAAGUGGAAGCUGCAGUGUGGGAGGAAAUCAGAGCAUCAAGGUCCUGAUCGGAAUGCACCUGGUGACUUGCAGAUGCACAGGCCCUCAGAGGACAUAUUUUAAAACCAAUUUACUUUGAUUUACAAGAACAUAGUCAUUAAAUGAACUAAGCAUUC